AUUCAUUUUCACUCACCACUGCUUUUCUACUGUUUUGUCUGCCUUUUCCCUUAACCAGAGAAAAUCUGUUAAGAAUAUAAAAAAGACAGUAUAACUUUACAAUGGUUUCUAAUUGUGGGUAACCCUGCAUCUGGAAAUGGCUGGAGUUUAUGCAACUGAAGCUAUUAAACAACUGCAGUUACAAGUAUGGCACGUUACAGGUACAUAUAGCUGUUAACAAAUACAGUGUUGGGAUAUUUAUUUAUUUAUGGUUUUUAUCAAUUGCCAAUCGCAUACAGCACUAUACUUCUUUUGGACAUUAUCACUACACAAUGCACUUUUUUCACACGAGAAAACCACAAUUCACAAGUUCGAGAAGGACCUCAUUAUUUGAUAGGGUCUUGCUGGAUAAAAUCAAUCCCAUACAAAAAUUAAGAAUGUUUAGAGGUUAAAAGUUAUUUCUGUUAAUUAAUUUUAAGAUAAUUAAUUUUUUUUUCUAUCUCAUCAACAGAUAUCAACAUGGAGAAUAACACAACAAACACCAAGGAGAAAAGCACUGGCGAAAUAAAAGAUAAUCCUGCAGUAAAGAAGAAAGUGGACUGGUCUCGUAGCCUUAUUGUUGCUUCUGUGGCUGGAGCCUUUGGAUCAUCCUUUCUGUAUGGUUACAAUCUUUCUGUAGUGAAUGCUCCAGCCGUGUUCAUCAAGAAAUUUUACAAUGAAACUUGGGAAAGAAGAUAUAACCAGUCAAUGACAGAACAAUCAGUUACCUUGUUCUGGACUAUAUCUGUUUCCAUUUUUGCUAUCGGUGGACUUGUGGGAGCCUUAAUUGUUACCCCAACUGUCAAGUAUUUUGGGCGAAAACGAACGCUGCUGCUAAACAAUAUAUUCGCCAUUGUGGCUGCAUUGUUGAUGGCAUUCUCUCAUCUGGCAGGUUUCAUGGAAAUGAUGAUUGUAGGUCGAUUCAUAAUGGGCAUUGAUGGAGGUGUAUCUCUGAGUGCCCUUCCAAUGUAUUUGAGUGAAAUAUCUCCUAAACAGAUCCGUGGCUCCUUAGGGCAAAUUACAGCGAUCUUCAUCUGUGUUGGUGUCUUCACUGGACAGGUUUUGGGGCUACCUGAAAUAUUUGGGAAGGAAUCCCUGUGGCCCUACUUAUUUGGAAUGAUUAUUGCCCCAUCAGUCCUCCAGCUUGUGGUCUUGCCCUUUCUCCCAGAAAGUCCUCGCUUUCUUUUGCUUGAAAAACAUGACCCAAAAGCAGCAGAAAAAGCAUUUCAGACCUUCCUUGGGAAAUCUGAUGUGUCAUAUGAAAUAGAAGAGGUUUUGGAAGAAAGUCGACUGCAGAGAAAUAUCCAAGUAGCUUCCAUCUUUCAGCUGCUGUGUGAUAGCAGCAAGCGAUGGCAGAUACUGACUGUAGUUGUAACCAUGGCCUGCUACCAGCUCUGUGGCCUCAAUGCUAUUUGGUUCUACACAAAUGACAUUUUCAAAGGAGCUGGACUAAGUCCAGAAAUGAUCCCCUAUAUCACCUUAAGCACGGGAGCUGUUGAGAUUUUGGCUGCUGUUUCUUCAGGCUUGGUGAUAGAACGGGUUGGACGCAGACCUCUUCUGAUUGGAGGAUUUGGCUUGAUGGUUCUCUUCUUCAUAAUACUUACUGUGUGCAUGACUCUACAGGAUCAGGCUAUUUGGCUUCGAUACCUCAGCAUAGUCUGCAUUCUUGCAAUAAUUGCAUCAUUUUGCAUUGGACCAGGUGGGAUCCCAUUUGUCCUAACCGGGGAGUUCUUCCAACAGUCUCAAAGGCCAGCUGCAUUUAUGAUUGCUGGAAUAAUCAACUGGCUCUCCAACUUUAUAGUUGGGCUUGUUUUCCCUUUCAUUCAGGAAGGUUUGCAGUCCUACUGUUUCCUUGUGUUUGCUGCUGUCUGUACUGCUGGAGCCAUUUACCUUUUUUUCAUCUUACCCGAGACCAAAAACAAGACUCUUGCUGAAAUCAACCAGGCAUUUACCAAGAAAAAAAUUCCACUGGAAACUCGUGAAAUGGAUCAAUUUGAAGCCCAGAAAAAACCGCACGGAGAGCAAGAACACAAUUUUUCUUCUACACUAGAGAAUGGAGAAGUCAAAAAUCGAAUUGUCUAAAAUCCAAUUUUUAAAAUGUUUUUUCCAUCAUAUAAUUUGAUAUUGUUAUCAUCAGUGUGGUUGCAAGGGAAACUGUUGGGACUGAAUUUGACCAGGGUGGGUAUAUUAUAAGAUGAACAGUGACAUAUAAUUCUAGCCCUCAGAUAUGCUGCUCAAUGAUUUAUUUUUAUAUUUUUGCAAAUUUCAAAUGGAUCAUUACUCGAGGUGGAUAAGGAGGAAAUGGUCUGGCCAAUUCAGCAUUUCAAAGGGGAUUUUGAAACCAUAUAUUGUCUGGUAGGAAUGCCAUCUCACUUCCACAAUGCCCCACACUCAUAUUUUCUUGGAGUUUAUCACUGAAAUCCUUCAUUACUCCUAUGGCUGGGCUUGCUAUCCCAGCCCAAUCGACUUUCUACUUUUGGAGCAAGAAAAGACCGGAUUUCCCUCUUCACCCAAAACUUGGCUUUCUUCAUCUCAUUGGGGUUCACGGGAGAAACCUUGUCUGUAACCAACAACUUUGUAUGUUGCAAGCAAUCCAGUUCAAGGAAGAACGUGCCUUUUGAACAGACCUAUCCAGUGGGUUGGACCACUGUAACUCUCACAGAAGAUGCUUUGCAUUUCUGGAACCCUGACUGCCAUGUGCUUCUAUUGUGAGCAAAGUGACUUAUUCUGAGCUGAUGCUGCACAAACGGAUGAAGAACUCUUUAUAUCCUUGGAUUUUAGUUUUCCAGGAAUUUAAGGAGGAACUAUUCAACACCGCAUGAAUCAUAUAUAGUACAGAUUUCUCAGAUUCAAAGUUCAUCUGCAAGAAUUUUUUUUAAAAAAAUCUCAGGGUUUACCAGAUUUUUAUCCAUUCCUCUUCAAAUUAAAUCAGGUCAAAUGAAAUGAAAUCAACUAUGUUUUAGGAAUUUAUUUAUUU